CUCGUGGAAAACAAGCAAGUUUUACUUGUACACGUAUACGGCCUUCCUGCAACAAACCAAUCGACAUUUCUCUAUCUUGAAUCUAUCAUUUCUCAUCGGUUGGGAGUGAGUCAAUUGGUCCGGGAUUCGCCACGCACAUCAUGGACUCAUCACAAUUUCGGGAAGCAGCUCACAGCGCCAUUGACGAGAUCAUUCGAUACUACGACACUGUUGCUGAGAGACCUGUCCUCCCAAACGUCUCCCCCGGAUAUCUUCGACCCCUCCUUCCCGCAGGCCCACCGGAGGAAGGCGAGCCAUGGAGCGCCAUCCAGGCCGAUAUCGACAAAAUAAUCAUGCCGGGGCUUACUCACUGGCAAUCGCCUAAAUUCAUGGCCUUCUUCCCGUGCAAUUCUUCUUACCCCGGCAUGCUGGGUGAAAUGUACUCGAGCGCGUUCAAUGCCGCAGCCUUCAACUGGAUCUGCUCACCAGCGGUCACAGAAUUAGAGACAGUGGUAAUGGACUGGAUCGCCAAGUUGCUCGCUCUCCCUGACUGUUACCAAAGUGCUGGUGAGGGUGGUGGUAUCAUCCAGGGCACAGCGAGCGAAGUAGUGCUCACAUCGGUAGUGGCAGCAAGAGAAAGAUUGAUCAGGAGGAAGCUGGGCGACAUGCCCGAAGGCGACGAGAGGAUGGACAAGGCCGCAGAUCUCAGAGGGAAAAUGGUAGCACUAGGCUCGGAACACGCCCACUCCUCCACACAGAAAGCCGCAGUCAUCGCGGGCACCCGCUUCCGCACCGUCCCCGCGCCACGCUCCACAAACUUCAGCGUUACAGGGAAAGCCCUCAGGGCAACCAUCGAAGAACUCAAAGCAAAGGGCCUCGACCCAUUCUACUUCACCGCGACCAUCGGCAGCACGGGCACCUGCGCCGUCGACGACCUCGAAGGCAUCGCCGCCGUCGCCCGCGACUACCCCGAUCUCUGGAUCCACGUUGACGCCGCCUACGCCGGCUCUGCCCUCAUCUGCCCCGAGUACCAGCACCUCUGCCCACACCUCGCGCACUUCGACUCGUUCAACUUCAACCUGCACAAGUGGCUGCUGACCAACUUCGACUGCAGCGCCUUCUUCGUCAAGCGCCGCAAGGACCUCAUCGAUACGUACAGCAUCACGCCGUCGUACCUGCGCAACGAGUUCACCGAGAGCGGCCUCGUGACCGACUACCGCGACUGGCAGAUCCCGCUGGGAAGGCGCUUCCGCAGCUUGAAGGUGUGGUUCGUGCUGCGGACGUAUGGCGUCACCGGCCUGCGCGCGUUCAUCCGCGGGCAUGUGAAGCUGGGGGAGUACUUCAACGCGCUGUUGGAAGAGCGCAGAGAUGUCUUCUCCGUUGUCACGCCCGCUAGCUUCGGGCUUACCACGUUCCAGGUUAACCCGCCUAAGGCGAAUGCGCCGAGUUCUCCAGCGACCCAGGCUAAUCCUGCGCACGAGGCGUAUUUGAAUGACUUUACGAAUGACGCCGAGGGCCAGUACAGAGAAGAGGUGAACCGCGUUACGAAGGAGGUGUACGAGAAGGUGAAUGCCGGGGGAGAGUUCUUUCUGACCAGCACUGUGGUGUGUGGCUUGUAUGUCAUCCGUGUGGUUAGUGCGGUGGAGAGAUCGGAGGAGAAGUACCUGAAGCGGGUCUUUGACCUGCUACUCGAGACUGCCAAUGAGGUAGUCAACGGCAAGGGCAAGGCGUGAAGAGGCAUGUUCCUGUACUGCUACUAGUCGGAUGGCAGGCUUCCAUAAUGCCGCAUGUUCGAAUGUGAUUGUUCCUCGCGGAUAGCUAGAUAUGCAACACAUCCAUCACUUUCAACACAGCAACACUC